AUGGUUUCAAAUCCUGAAACUCCAACUCCGCCUUCAAAACUCUCUGAUGCAUUGAAAAGCCACUCUUUCCACCUCCACCAUGAAUAUCUUGACUUGACCUCACUCAAGGAAUUACCCGAUUCCUAUGAUUGGACUGAUGAGCUAAACAUGAUUCCUGCCGCCACCGGUGGCGGCAACUCUGCCAUCUCCGAAGCCAUGCCGGUUAUCGAUUUCAAUGACCCUGAUGCCCUUCAACUCAUUGGCCAUGCAUGCAAAACUUGGGGGGCUUUUCAAGUCGUAAAUCAUGGCAUCCCCUCUUCCCUUCUUGAUCAAACUGAGUGUACGAGUAGAGACCUUUUCUCUUUACCAAUUGAACAAAAGCUGAAAGCUUCUCGUUCACCUGAUGCCAUUUCGGGUUACGGAUUGAUUAGAAGUAAUUCAUUUUUCUCUAAGAUUAUGUGGUCUGAAGGGUUCACUGUCCUUGGAUCUCCACUUGAUCAUUUUCGUCAACUUUGGCCCCAAGAUUAUACCAAACACUGUGAAGUCAUUGAAGAAUACGAGAAAAAGAUGAAAAGGUUAGCAGAAAAACUAAUGUGGCUUAUGCUAGGUUCACUGGGCAUAACCAAGGAAGACAUUGAUUGGGCUAACCUGAAUAGUUAUAUCCCGGAUGCUUCCUCAGCAUCACAAAUGAAUCAUUAUCCGGCUUGUCCGGAUCCAGACCGAGCCAUGGGUAUGGCUGCUCAUACCGACUCCAGCUUCCUCACUAUUGUCUAUCAGAACAACGUCACUGGAUUGCAAGUCUUGAAAGAAGGAACCGGGUGGGUCACUGUCCCGGUGAUUCCGGGUGGGCUUGUGGUUAAUAUAGGGGAUCUGCUUCACAUAUUAUCAAACGGGUUGUACCCAAGUGUGCUCCACCGAGCAGUGGUGAAUCGGUCCAAAGCUAGGUUUUCUGUUGCCUAUUUUUAUGGGCCACCAGCCACAGUCCAAGUCUCACCGUUUCCGAAGCUAAUUGGGCCAGGUCAUCCUUCUCUCUAUCGGCCCAUUACUUGGAGUGAAUUCCUUGGCAUCAAAGCUAAAUGUUUCAAUGAAGCACUAUCAUUAAUCAAAGUUACAGAGACUCCUCCAAUUGAAUGUGUUGAUGCAAAUGAUGAUAGUAAUAAUGUAGAAGUUGCUUAG